AUGCGACGCCUCAGGGCCAAGAUAUCUCGUAUUUUCAAUUUUGAUUUGGAUGCCUUGCAUGUUGAUGGCAAUGCACGUUACAAGGCCGAAAAGCCCCGUCACGGUGGUGGUUUUAACCCGAAAAAGGAGGACACGGAGAAAAUCUUGAAGGACAUCUUUGGCGGCCUACCGAAACCGGGUAGCGGCCCUAGUGGUUCUGCUAGCAAUAACACGGGAAGCGCCCAAGGAGUGCAACAAAGGAUAAUACCCAUGAUGGUGAAGCUCGAAACCGUUGAGGAGGGGCUUAUUAUCAAUCCCGGCGGCGUGCAAUCCGAAAGCCUCACAAGCAAGCAGUUUAAUGAUAGUCAAGCCGUCGAUGGUCUAGGCUCCGUCAUCGAAGGUUUACAGCCUUUCGAAUGCAUAAUGAAUCCCUCAACCGGGGAGUUGGAAAGGCUAUGUAUCCAGGCCCCUGACUCCAUCUGUGAACUAAAGAACAGUACAUGGGACCGAACAUUGAUUCGAAAUGUUGCUUCUAAGUCACUUCUUGUAGCACUUCUCCCAUUCAGCAGGAUUCCCAGGGAGCGGAGGUCUAAUCCAGCGAGGUAUACACCUCAGGAUUGGGCUUCUCUGCUGAGCCUGUGGAUACUCGCCGUCGCUGGAUUGCUGGGUGCCGCCUUCGUUCCUCAAUCGUCUCCUUCGGAUGGGAAACACCCCAGCUUUUAUGCAAGCUGUAGCUAUAAUGGUUUUCGGUAUCCUCGACUAGCCCGAAAUUUUCUCGAAAAUAAGCCAUCAAUUGCCCGGGAGCGGCGAUACGACCCAUCUUGGACACUAUUUGAGCAUGAGUGGCAAUAUGAUGCUCCUUGGGGCUCUCGUUAUCAGGGAUCCUACCGAGCCUUACGGCCUCGAAUGCUGUGCUACUUGGUUGAUGACCUAGGUACUCCUGAUUGCCGUUUCAUAGAGCAUGAUGAGGACUGCCCGCCCUAUGUCUUUAUCGCCUAUACGGCGGAACACUUCAAAACCGGGGACGAAGAAGCGGAGAAAGCCCUAUAUAUGUUAGCUCGUUCGGCAACUCUCCAGUAUAUUGACUCCAUCGCAGAAGCAGACAGAAAGCCAAAGGCGUUUUGGAUUGCCCAUAUGUGCAUGCCCAACCAUUGUUACCUCGACUCCAAUGGACAACCCCAGACUAUCAACGGCGAAAACGGCGACGGAAAGAAGUUACAGGAGCAUCUGAUGGACUAUGAUACGUAUAGCAUCAGUGAUAUUAUCCGAGCUGCCGAACAUGUAAUUAUCAUAGGAGGCAACCCGACUCAGGAGACAGGAAAUGAUCCCCUGCGAGAAUGGGGUGCGCGAGUAUGGACACUCCCUGAAAUUAUCCUCAGCAAAGGGGAUUCCGUCUCCGUAGCGCGCUUUAGUGGGAACUCGGACAGCAUUCGAGAUUUGGUAAACUUGGAAAGAAUUCCGAAGAGCCAAAUUCCUUCUCGUGCAUGGAGUGACGCUCCAUGUUCAAGGCAGCUCCUUGAACACUAUUCCAGCCUGCAUCUUUCUCGCCUGGAGUUGGUCAAGAUUAUAUUAGAAUGUCUGAUGCAUCGGAACUUCAAAGAAAUGUACCCUGGUGAUCGCAGCUAUGCGAUGAUGGGUCUACUUCGGAUUCGACCACCGAUUAAUCGGGAGGAUACCCCGUUUCAGGCCUUCGCUAGGCUAUCGCUUCCUCAGGAUAGCGACCGCUUCAUGGAGCGUCUGAUCUGCCUUCUUCCAAACAAACCAGAUGAAAGUUGGGAGUGGAUGGCUGACCAGUACAGAUCAUCCCUGUGGGACAUUUACCCAGACACGCAAAUUUGCGGUAUUGGUGAGAACGAUACUGUUAUUGUUGAUAACUUCAAGGGAGCCACGAUCCAAUGGUCCGGUUUUACCUCUGUUCAAAUAUACCACAGAUUAAGACUUAAGCGUCUAUUCUUUAAGACCUUGACACUUAUUGGCCCCUUUUUCUUCUUCAUCUCUCUGCUGGUUAUAGGCCUUGUUCCUAGGGUUGGUCCCGUGCUUCUGGUCCUGUCCCUUGUCUUCUUACAACUCCCAUCGCCGUAUUAUACCUGGAAAGUCUAUGGCGACAAAGUAUGUAACGUUGAACCGUAUCUCUUUGGGAUUGAAGGCUAUGUUCCUCUUGAUUUAAUCGAAAAGAAACUAUUUGGAGGGCGCCCAACGCGACUGUCGUGGAGUGUCAUCGGCUCACCGUUGUCCCGUCAUCAGGAGGGUCUGGAAUGCAGCGAGAUACAAUCUCAUGUUCCUCAUGGAGGCCAGGGGAAAGAAUUCGAGAAGACAAUCAACACGCAUAUGGUGGAUGCUAUUGACCCUUGCAGUCCCUGUGCCAACUGUCAGAGCAUUCCAGAACCAGAGCGAAUGUGUCCUCACCAUGAAACACCGAGGUCCGCAAAGGAGCAUAGCAAAAGCGACAUGGGUCAAAUGAAGGCAAGUCUUCCUCUCCUAUACAUCAUUAACACAUUGUUGUCCCCAAUUAGUUCCGCACAUCAUCGUUGA